AUGGGAGAAGGCGAAGAUUCUAAAAUAAUUAAAACUGAAGAGAAAAAAAAUAAUGGUGCUCAGCGGGACGAUGUUUGCAGGGACUUUUUAAAAAACAUUUGCAAUCGUGGGUCACGCUGCAAGUUCUAUCACCCGGAAAAUAUUGAACGCCAGCGCGGAAGAGACACAUCGCCGAGUGGUCGAGAGUACAAUUUUUGCAUUGACUUUCAGAAUCGCGGUUGUCAACGAGAAAACUGUCGUUUUGUUCAUGCACAUCGGGAUGACGUUGAUCGUUACAAACAGACGGGAGAGGUGACUUUGAAUUUGGCGCGAGCUAUAGCGGCAGUGCAUAAUGGUGACACUAUUAAUGGAAUUCCAUUUUGCAAGGAAUUUCAGACUGGUAGCUGUUCGCGAGGCGCUCAAAGAUGUCGCUACUGGCACAUCAACAUUGAAGAAGAGCGCGAACGUAGACGUCGCCAAACUCGCGGGAUUCCCCCUCUUCCAGGUCCACACACACGUGGUGCUAUGGGAGCGGGCUUGAGUGUUCCAUUCGGUCCUUUACCGUUUGUCAAUGCUGGGGCAAGACGCCCAUUACCGUACGGUGGGGGAGGUGAAGCAUAUGAUAGUAUUGCCGCGUUUAGUGCGAAGCGUGCGCGAUAUGAUCUGGGAACUGAGGAUUAUGUGCGCGAGCUCGAAAGGAAAAAUGCGGAACUCAGUAAAGAAGUUGAAAGCCUUAAGCGUGAAUUACAACAUGAACGCGAGCGCUAUGAAGAUUUGUUUGUUCUCUUCCGGCAAGGACGUGCUGGUGGCCAACCAGUAGGUGUACCACCAGUUGCUGGCGACUCAUUUGGUGGUGGUGCGAGUAACGGAGGAUCUGGUUAUUACCCAAACUCCAGUUGGUCCAACAGUUCACGAUCACAGUGGACUCAGUGA